CACCCCAUGGGCCUUCUUUUACGAUUGGAAAAGCUAUCUGGCUCCUCUGGGGCCUGGUGUUUAACAACUCCGUACCUGUGCAGAACCCUAAAGGGACCACCAGCAAGAUCAUGGUGUCCGUGUGGGCCUUCUUCGCCGUCAUCUUCCUGGCCAGCUACACGGCCAACCUGGCCGCUUUCAUGAUCCAGGAGGAGUUUGUGGACCAAGUGACCGGCCUCAGUGACAAAAAGUUUCAGAGACCUCACGACUAUUCCCCACCCUUUCGAUUUGGCACGGUGCCCAACGGCAGUACAGAGCGAAACAUCCGGAACAACUACCCCUACAUGCACCAGUACAUGACCAAAUUUAAUCAGAAGGGAGUCGAGGACGCCUUGGUCAGCUUGAAAACAGGGAAACUGGACGCUUUCAUCUACGACGCUGCAGUCUUGAAUUACAAGGCUGGGAGGGACGAAGGCUGCAAGCUGGUGACCAUUGGGAGUGGGUACAUCUUUGCUACCACUGGUUAUGGGAUCGCCCUCCAGAAGGGUUCGCCGUGGAAGAGGCAGAUUGACCUGGCCCUGCUCCAGUUUGUGGGUGAUGGGGAGAUGGAGGAGCUGGAGACGCUGUGGCUCACGGGGAUCUGCCACAACGAGAAGAACGAGGUGAUGAGCAGCCAACUGGACAUCGACAACAUGGCGGGCGUGUUCUACAUGCUGGCGGCCGCCAUGGCGCUCAGCCUCAUCACCUUCAUCUGGGAGCAUCUCUUCUACUGGAAGCUGCGCUUCUGCUUCACGGGCGUCUGCUCCGACCGGCCGGGCCUGCUCUUCUCCAUCAGCAGGGGCAUCUACAGCUGCAUUCAUGGAGUGCACAUUGAAGAGAAGAAGAAGUCUCCGGACUUCAACUUGACUGGAUCCCAGAGCAACAUGUUAAAACUCCUUCGAUCUGCCAAAAACAUCUCCAACUUGUCCAAUAUGAACUCCUCAAGGAUGGAUUCCCCCAAGAGAGCUGCGGACUUCAUCCAGCGAGGCUCCCUCAUCAUGGACAUGGUUUCAGAUAAGGGCAACCUGGUCUACUCAGACAACCGGUCCUUCCAGGGGAAAGACAGCAUCUUCGGGGACAACAUGAAUGAACUCCAGACCUUCGUGGCCAACAGGCACAAGGAUAACCUCAACAACUAUGUGUUCCAGGGCCAGCAUCCUCUGACUCUCAACGAGUCCAACCCCAACACAGUGGAGGUGGCCGUCAGCACAGAGUCCAAAGGGAAUUCCCGUCCUCGGCAGCUUUGGAAGAAAUCAAUGGAGUCACUCCGCCAAGACUCCCUGACCCAGAACCCCAUCUCCCAGAGGGACGAGGGGCCCGUGGAGAACAGGACCCACUCCCUGAAGAGUCCUCGGUACCUUCCUGAAGAGGUGGCCCACUCGGACGUCUCCGAAACGUCGAGCCGGGCUGCGUGCCACCGGGAGCCUGACAACAAUAAGAACCACAAGGCCAAGGACAACUUCAAGAGGUCCGUGGCCUCCAAGUACCCCAAGGACUGCAGCGAGGCGGAGCGCUCCUACCUGAAAACCAAGGCAAGCUCCCCCAGGGACAAGAUCUACACCAUCGAUGGUGAGAAGGAGCCCAGUUUCCACCUCGACCCACCCCCGUUUGCGGAAAGCAUGGCCCUCCCCGAGAACGUGGACUUCCCCGACACCUACCAGGAGCGCGGGGAGAGCUUCCGCAAGGGGGACUCCACGCUGCCCCUCAACCGGAACACCCUGCAGGAGGAGGACGUGCUCCCCAACAACGAGCCGUACAAACUCUACUCCAAGCACUUCAGCCUGAAAGACAAGAGCUCCCCACAUAGCGAGGGCAGCGACCGGUACCGCCAGAACUCCACACACUGCCGGAGCUGCCUGUCCAACCUGCCCACCUACGCGGGCCACUUCACCAUGCGGUCCCCCUUCAAGUGCGAUGCCUGCCUGCGGAUGGGGAACCUCUACGACAUCGACGAGGACCAGAUGCUUCAGGAGACGGGGAACCCCGCCGCCCAGGAGGAGGUCUACCAGCAGGACUGGGCCCCGAACAGCGCCCUCCAGCUCCAAAAGAACAAGCUGAGGAUCAGCCGGCAGCACUCGUACGACAACAUCCUCGACAAACCCAGGGAGGUGGACCUUAGCAGGCCCUCCCGGAGCAUCAGCCUCAAGGACCGCGAACGGCUCCUGGAGGGAAACCUGUACGGGAGUCUCUUUAGCGUCCCCUCCAGCAAACUCGCGGGGAACAAGGGUUCCCUUUUCCCCCAGGGCCUGGAGGUCGGCAAGCGGAGCAAGUCCCUCUUGCCGGACCACACCUCCGAGAACCCUUUCCUCCACUCCUACGGGGAUGACCAACGCUUAGUGAUCGGGAGGUGCCCCUCGGACCCUUACAAACACUCGCUGCCGUCCCAGGCCGCGAACGACGGCUAUCUCCGCUCGUCCUUGAGGUCGACGGCGUCAUACUGUUCCAGGGACAGUAGAGGCCACAGCGACGUGUAUAUUUCAGAGCAUGUUAUGCCUUAUGCUGCAAAUAAGAAUAAUAUGUACUCUGCCCCCAGGGUUUUAAAUUCCUGCAGCAAUAGACGUGUGUACAAGAAAAUGCCUAGUAUCGAAUCUGAUGUUUAAAACCUUCCAUUAAUGUUUUAUCUAUAGGGAAACAUGCCUAAUGGCCAGCGUUCCAGACGGGUAAAUGGUGGAUGCCCCAAUAGUGCCCCGACCAGAGGACGAGGAUUUAGGAAGGUAUUUUUCAGUUGAUUCUUUUGCACAUGGCUCCAAGCCGUAGUCUUCCACUCAAGGAAUCUUGUGAGGUGUGUGCUGAGCACGCGAGAGCCCAGAUAGGUGAGUCCUUAACCAAAAACCAAUCCACACCAGGGCGAGUCUCCUGGACGUGCCCGCCAGAUAUGUCGCAAUAACGACACAUCGGAUGCCAGUGGUCAUGUGACGAGUUCCUAUAUUCCAAAUCCCAUUAAGACCAGCCCACCCUGUAAUUCCCUCAUCAGAAAUGCCUCACGGUUUCUCUGAUACAGAAUAAGCAAUAUGGUAUGCAUGUAAACCUGACACAAAAUAAAACAAGAAUGCAUCCGCACUGUAGCGAGACGGAGUGUGCCAGAGCUUAGGAAGUUCGGCUUUCUAAGUGGUUCAGCUUUAUUGUUCUGCCUCCCAUGAUGGCCCCGGCCCAACCCCAGAACUCCCGGCUCCCCCAAAGGAUAGCAAACCCGAGUGUUUGUGGUUCACUCUGCUAGCUUCCUCAUAGUCCAUUUCCAAGACACAUGGAGUGGCAGGCCCAGGAGGGCCCUCACGCAGAGAGCGACUAGAGUCUCUUUGGAUGUCCGUUUGUGUAUUUCACAGACAUGCUCUCACCCUUGGCUUCGGUGGUCUUGCUCAGAGCUGCCAGACUCACACAUGUGUGUCUUCGAUACCGUAAGUGUGGAUCUUCCAUCUAUGACGCAGCGGCCCUUGUAGUUGAUCCCGGAGACUCCUGUGUACGUAAGUUUGCGUUUCCCCCUCUUCUGGUGAUGACUCAGGGUUGUAUAGUAUCUGUUACUCUCCCCCUCCCUCCAGGAACCAUCACUCGUUCAGUCCCCCUAGUCGCCGUGGCGUUUAAUUCAGUGUGCGUUGCUGUUCCCAGCAUGGUGAAUGUGGGGGCAUGUGCCGGCGGCCACACGUGUGCCGUGAUCUCUAAGAAAUAAAAUGCCAUCUGUCUUGCUAAAGGCCAGUGUGGCCACAGGACGAUCUUCCUCAACCCGUCCUGAAAUUCGGCAGGACACGUGUCCCUGCUCCAACCUCCUUAAAUCAACAGCCUUCAAAACAGGAGAGACACUCAAGUAUCUACCCUGAGCAUCCUCCCAAUUGUGGAUAAUCUUUAGUGGGACGGGUGAUUCUUCUCUUCUGAAACAGUUGCUCUGCUGAAGGCCAGCUGCCUACCAGCACCAACAGAACUCGCAGAAUUCCUCGAGGCAUUUGUCAUUUCCGAGUCACUUCCAUCAUCCCCUUCUCACUCGCCUCAAACCUGUGCAAAAAUGAUAGGAAAUGAUACUCACUUUUGUCCACUGUGGGGCAAGGCUGGGGAAUCUUGACACAUAAGCAGCUCUCAGCACAGCAUCUUAUGCAUUCAGCGUGCCCCUGCUAUGGACAGGCAAGUUGUUACUUUACAACACUUCACCAGAACAGAAUUUUCCAGUUUAAAAAUUAAACAUGAUAAAAACCACAGACAAUACUCAUUAUAUAUUUUAUACAGUUCAAAUCUAAUAAUUAGCGUGUUUUAAAUACAUGAAUAUACCUGAGAUGUUUGGGCUAAGUAGCCACUUGACUUGCACAGUCCCUGGAUCUGUGUUGGUGUCCUGUUACAGAAGCCCUAGGCUAAUGCAAACAAGCUGGACCAUUCUCCGGGCUCCUGCAUUUUGCCCUGGGCUCUUGGAGGAGGGGGGCAGAAUGACAGCUUGAAAAGUUAACCCAGGUCUUAGAGCCCUGCCCUGUUCUGUCUUGUAGGCAGUGAUUUCCUGUGAGUGGGCAGGUGCCCGAAAUAAUUCUCUUUGAGCUUGAGGAUUCAUUGAACGGCUCCAUCUUUGAGAUAGGGCACCUGAUCUACCACAUUCCUAUAAUGAUGAGCAGUGGUUGAUGAGAAGUUCCAGGGUCAGUGGGAGAGCGGCAGAGGGAGCCAGUGAGAGUCUUUGAGAUGGACAGGCAGAAGGGGCUGACAAGGUACUGAGGAUGAACGCACUUGAAUGUUGCAUUUUAUUUUUUGGGUGUUGCACCUUUGCUUCUCCAACGGUGGUGGAGCCUCGAUUAAAGAGCCCGGAAUAGCCCCCCAGUCGCUACUCUCAUGCACGCCUCUGAUCUUAUCAUCUUUUACCAUGUCCCGCCUUUGCCUUUCCAGUGCUUUUCAGACCUGUACACCCCCAGCCAGGAUCACCUCCAUCUCCUCACAAGAGUGCCAUGUCUUAACACAAAAUGAAUUGAAGUCUCCCAGAAGAGAGCCCAUGGUACAUCACCAAUCUAAAGAGGCUAUCUGUCUUUCUCUAGUGUCCUCAAAACCAAGGAGCUGCCAAAGGUGGCAGAGAUCUCCAGGGAGAGUGAGAACUACACUUGGAAUGACCCCAUAGAUCAAAAAGCCUUCUUCUAAUAACAACAUUAGUUCUGCUGUUAACCCCAUACCUCUCUGGGUAUAGAAACUAAAUAUAUGGCUUUGGGAAGAAUCAACAGCAAUGCAGCCAAAAAAAAAAAGGAAAAAAGUAUACCCUUCCUCUAAUAGUGAAAGGGUUUUUUAAAAAAGAAAUAGCUAGAGUUGGAUGCUAUGUAAUAAGUACAUCAUUUCCUUCCUCCACAGAUUCACUGACACCUAAUAGUGAUGAUCCCAAACAUAAGACAACCAACCAUUGAUUGAUGGUCAUUUUCUGAUGGAAAGAUAGUGAUGUUGAGCUAUUAGAAGGCCAUCCAAGUCGUUCAGUUCUUUGGGGAAAGAGUAGCAGGAGUCUAACGUCCAGAGGUAAAUCACACCUACAGAACAGGAGGUGAUAAGAAUUACAGGGGAUGCCCUGAACCAUGGGUCCAUUACAGAAGAUUCCUCAGACACAUCUCAACUCUGAGUCCUUAGAUUUGUUGAUGCUGAGGAUCCAGGAUCUCUGACCACAAAGGUGUGCCUGAGUUUCAUCUGACUCAAAGUCGGAACUGGUGUCCGUCAUGAUGCUACAUUAAUUCUUAAUGGUUUUCAUCACUUGAGAAGGACCCAGAUAGGUUAUAGUGCACAUGUGCGACCAACUUAAAGUGUUCUGUGAAAGAGGAGAGUCUUCUGGGAUGCAGGGUCUACUCUGGGCAACCUUUGCGUUUCUGGAAAAUUGUUUCCAUUAUCCUUACAUCUGCGGGUUCCUAGGCCAUCCCAGGUUUUAGUGCUCUGAAGGGCGAGAUGUCAAUGGGUCUGCUUUUCUGCCAGUGAGGCUUCCAUGAGAGGUGUGGGAUUACAGUCAUCCUACUCAUUACGCUUGUGUCCUUUGCAAAUUGCAUUGCAUUCUUUGAGCCAGCACUGUCUCAUGGACUGUACCUGGUUUCUCUUCCCUGUUUCAUUAAGGUGCCUAAGAAGUGUUUAUACUUAGGUUUUCCCACAAAAGCGUUAAAAUUCAUCCUUUGCAGCAAACUCAGUCAAAUCAAUUCACACUUAUUUUCAGGGGAGGAAAAAAAUAAAAUUACACCUUGUUUACAAAUGAAAUAGUUUCACUUAAAUGGGACUCCAGCCAAGGCAGUUAAUUAGUCAAAAGAUUCACGGCAGCCAUGCGUUCAUACAUUGUUUAUUCUAUUUGGUAUGUCUACCACUGAUGUGUAUUUAAUAUUCUGCAUCUUUCUCAGGAAAUGACAAAUGCCCUGAAUUCUUUGCAAAUGGAAUUGCUAAUGAAAAAUAAAAGAAAAAGUUGGUGUUAAUUAAAUGGUGAUUAAAAAAUUAUCUCCUUUAAAUCUAAAAAAGUCCAGCCUUAAUAAUCAGUUGUCAUAUAAAUCAAUACCUUGCACUGAAAUCCUUUGCAGGGUUUAAGACCUAAAUAAAUACUAAGUUGAGAAACCUAAAUAUCUUUCAGAAGAGCUGAAUAUAUCCGCUAACUUUAUGCAAACCCUGUACUGUUUCUUUGUGUAGAGCUGUUGUUUAUGAAUUCUUCAAAGGGGAACAUGCUUCUGAAAUGGAGCCUGUUUGUAUUAAGCGCAGCUAGAACAGACAUAAUUGGACUUCAAGGGGAAAACCACCAUCAACAAAAAAAACUCCCCAAACUUAAUAGGUGAAAGCUAAACUCAGUGGUUGGUAUUUAAUAUGAGUCAAGGCAAUUUGCAUUCCAAAAGCAGUGUUUAUUUUCCCUUGAGACAAAAUAAGACCUUUCCAGAUACCCCAUCUUCUCUUGGUAAACAGUGUCCUAAUUGUUUAAUGAAAGGUUACCUGGAGUUUUGACUUGAAAAGUCCUCUCAGUAUGCAGUUGCCCUUUCACAUUCAACCCCUUUACAUUGUUCUCUGUUCCUAUCUAAUUGUAUCAGAUGAGGUCAGCUUGGCCCUUGAUGGAGAUCGGAGAUGUCCAAAUGCACUUAUCCUGUGAAUAUCAAUGCUCGGGUACACAUGUAUAUAAUAUGCUUGUUUUCUACAAUUUACACGUACAUGUAUUAUCCAAAUAAAAUUGUAUAUAAUGUAAAGUUUAUGUUAAAAUUUAAAUGAUGAUAAGGAUAUUAACACAUGGAAAACCCAUUCUGGUUAUAGAUGGGAUGAUAUUUCUGUAAAGAGGGCACUAUUUUUUUCUUUUAAAUAAUCUCAGUUCUAGGGAGGAUAACAGAACCCAAGUGGCAUUUGUGUGUUGGAGUUCUUGGCCCCUUAUAUAAAAAAAAUAUCUGGGGUUAGGGGCGCGGGAUGUAGUCUGCUCACUGUUACUCUAGAAGACAGUGCUGAUACAGACAUGCCCUUGAUUUCUGCAGACCCACUGAAGGGCGCGUUUCCUGUUUAAACGCCUUCUCUUCUUUGCCCACCCACACUCCAUGCCCGUAAAUACUCAGUAUAGUAUCAGCUAACAGUGUCUGCCCACAAGGGUCUUAAAAAAACAGAACUUAUAGAACUACACCAAGAUUUGGGGCAAGGAGAAAGGCGAUGGGAAAAUGAAGAGAAGAUGAAGUUGCAAAGAGGCAGUAGCCAUCUGUUCAAGGCUGUCAGGUUGACAGUGUCAGAGUCAGGUCUAGAACCUGAGACUUCCGAGUCCUAGCUUGGUUCCUUUUUCCAGGCUAUCUCAUCCCUAGGUUUCUCUCAAGAGUGUUUCCCUGAACACCUCUAGGAUCAGUGCUGGAAAACCUCACAGAACUGACCUUGCUGUCUUUGCCUCUUGCCUUAUACAGACCCGUGCACCCUUCUUUGAAUUUAGUUUUCCUUUAAGCUCCCCCAAAACCCCUUGUCUCGGAGUCCUGGAGAAGAGAAACCUCUUUCCAGGGACUUAUUCCCUGUGGAAAGAGUGGAUAACGGGAUAUGGUUUAAAAUCUCAAACCGAAGAUGAAAACUGGCAGGGAUCAUUGAGGUUAUAUUGUUACAUUUCUCGUUAGCCAAGGAUGAACAAAGGACCUUGAUUAGCUGAUGGAAGCUGACUAAGUAUCCACUCUCCUUUUAGGGCCAGUUUGGGAUGGAGGAGAGGCGGAGGGACUAGAAAGUACAAUCUCUUCCCAUAAGCACGCUCUAGAACUUCAGUGCCCUAGGACGAAAGACAAGCGAGAACACAGACUAAAUGAAAAAACUGGAAAUGAUGAAGUUUUCAUCAGGAGAUAAAAAUGUAUGUGAUUCCAUGAUCAAACAAAACAGGUAAUCCCUCCCCUAGACUUACUUCCAAGUAACUUUAGAGAAUAUAUUUGUUCUUGGAGAUACCCGUCCACGAUGGUACUCAGGACACCUAGGAGCAUUGAUCAGGUGAGCAGACUCGCCCUUCCCUGAUUUUGCACAGGCAGGCUUGGAUCUGGGUCCUCUCAGCUCUCCAGUCCUUGCCGCAUCAUGCCUCCUUCCAUCUCUGCUUUAUGACAUGUGCUUUAAGAAAAGGUUGGGGGCGGGGGGAAUCCUUAAAGGAUUGGGAAAUAGACCAUGAUGUAUGAAGACUAUUUCCUGAAAGCUUUUGUGUUUGGUUUGGUUUUUGACUUGUGAAGAGUACUUUGGAUAGUUCAGGGUAAAAAAUGUAUCAGGGAGGAAAGUAGAGAGAAUUCCUGUGGAGUCCCAAGUGCCUCUGUGUUGUGGCUAGCCAAAAAGAAUGCAUCAGGUGCCUGGAAAGAAAAGGGGACGAUGAGACAGCAAAAGGAAUUAAGGUGUAUUUCAGAAAGAUGGUGGGGUGGAGAAGGGGCUUAUUUUUUUCUCUGUCCAUCCUAUUCUGUGUAUUUCUGAAACAUCGGGGUCUCCAUUCAUCCCAAGAACGUGCCUUGGUUCAGCACCUGAUUUUGGAAAUAUCAAAAUGUAUCUAUAUUGCGUGUAGACUGUAUUCUGGGUACAUCCUAGAAUGCGAUCCUCAAAAUAGCCUGGGGAUGUAAGUAGGAGUGCUCUCCUUUUACAGAUAAGAAAACUGAUUCAGGUUGGUUUCCAUCUCAUUCAGCCACAAAAAUCUGCUAAUAAAGGUGUAUUAUGAUCUCCUCCGGGGGAGGGGGUCAGAAUAGAUGUCUGGAAAAGAGAUGUGUUGUUUUGAGGUCCCCGGGGCUCUCUCUUGAGUUUCUGCCUCUGUGGUGAGGAAGGUGAUGCGUGUCUGUUUUGGGGUGUGUUGAGAACCCCCAGGAUCCCGCCUCUGUUCGUCGGCCCCUCCUGAGACUUGAACACUGUCUGUGUCUCUCACCUGUAUGCUUGCACUCAGCACUUACUUUUUUGGUUCCUGGGGAGUUAUUUUCUCUACUUAGCAUGUGCCUAAUAUUAAAUAUCCCUUUCCUAAUAUCUCUUCUUUUUCUUAGUAGACAUCAGGGAUAAUUCCAUUAACAUAUGCAAAUAAUAUGCUCUCACACGUGUGCGGGCACACAUGCCCACACACACACACACACACACAUACACACACACACUCACACACACACUGCCUUGUGACCCCACUAAAGCCUCCCUACACAUGGCGGCCCAUUUUCAGAAAGAGGAGACUGCUUGCAAGUGACUGUCCUUCUGUUGAUUGGCUUUGCCAAGCAGACAGAACAGAGUUUGGAGGUGUGACAGGGAAUAGGAAAUAGAGUUUGUGCAUAAGUGACCAGGAGCUUUGGUAAUCAGUAUGGCUGAGGGCCAACUAUUAAGAUUUUUUUCCCCUGGUCACUGACUUUAAGAUAACUGUUGAACCAUUGCAAUGCUUGUUUGGUUUGUCUCAUUAAAGAAUGUAGCAUUGGAAUAUUCCCAGCUGACUUUCUAGGAGCCCGAAAUGAUGUAGGGCAUAAUGCAUUGUGUAGGCCAUGACCCAUGAAGCCUUUCUUAAACCCCCUCUCCCAUGUUCUAAGCCAUACCCCUCUCUCCUGGCAUUUAUAUUGACUGCGAGGUGGGGCACAGUAGAACCAUUUUAUAGAAAAGGAAGCUGAGUGAGGUUUGAAGGAAUGUUUGUCUGGGGGAUUCUGUGACUUGAUCCCUCUAGAGGGUCAAUUAACCUAAGGUUAAAUGACCUUAACCUUAAGCUUGUCCUAGUCCCUGAGAAAUUCUCUAGCCCUUUACACAUUUCAAGCUGGCAGUAAGUCUCUGAGGACAGAAAGGUUAUUGUUACUUAAUAGCUAUUUGAGAUCCUGUUGUUGCGUCUACAAAUGCAUGACAACAUUCUCCCAGGGAUGCUGAGCUUUGCAUAAACUAGAACACUCCAAAGAACAGUUUGGCCAGUGGUAUCUCUUCACUGGGGCUGUAUUUCAAAGCACACAACUCUCUAGGGAGCAGGAACCAAAUUGUUGAAAAUGGAGUCAUUUCUCAGAUUAACUUCCUCCAAUAAGGUGUCAGCAGUAUGUGGAAACAAACAAGACAAAACUGAAAUCAUCCCUCAUAAACCCCUCUUAUAUACCACAUGCGUGAAGCAAUGAGUUUGCAUCCUGGCAAUUCUGAGAACAUUCCUCAUUAGCCAUAGCCCUUGGUCAUAACCUCCUCCAGUUAAUUCUCUCUCACACCUUUGGGAAGGAUUUAAGUUGAGCCUUCAAAAGGAUAUUAAUAUAACACGUAGCCAAUACCACAGCUGCCUUUGAAAUUAAUAAGGUUAAUUGUUCUCCAGCAAACAUAAGUUUGUCUUUGGCAUUUUAAAUGCUCUCAUUGAUCUGACAUUUUGCUGUUUCAAGCUUUUAAAAGGGCUCAAAUCAAAGACUAUUGAUAGCUGAGCAAAUAGUGAAGGUCCAGAAAUAUAAAAAACAUUGUUGGCUUCUCCAUGAAGAACAAUCAUAAGCUUUUGAAUUCAAUUGAGGUUUCUACAUUAGCCAUCUAAGAUUUAUUGAAUUAUUUCUGUUCUCAGUUCAGCUAAUUCAAAUAAAUGAACUAUAUUGACUUUUUAAACCUAUUUUAUUUUUUUAGAAAAUAUUUAGUUUAUUAGGUUUGUAGACACAGUUCUGGGGCCAUGACCCAUUAAGUAAAUGUUCCUGGGCAGAAAUUUAUUAAUAAGAUUCAGAUGACUAUUUGGGGUCAUAUUCAGUUGAUCAUCUUUGAAAAUCUUGAUGGAUUUGGGAAGAUGAAUAUAGCACUCCUGACAUUUAUGUUUCUUAAAUUUUUUCCCUGAGAAAGAAUGUCAAUUGUUUAUUUUUUUCAAAUAAGAGAUAAGGUUAGAAUAAUAUUUUCAUAGAAAAUUCAGUAAACUACUCAAAAAACUAAUUACAUGGCUAGAUAUGGCUCAGAUGCCUUCCAAGCCUGGGGGUCCCCAAAGAUUUCUUUUAUCAGUUGUUUUUAACUCUGAAUCUUAAUUUUAUUCAUUCCCUUGCUAAAACAAAUUUAAAAGCAUACACUUCCCAAAUUAUUUAGUCGGGAUAAGUCAAUGUAGUUUAUCACAAUAGAAUGUCUGUGUAUAUUUUUACGUAUAGUCUAUAUAUUUCAGGCUAGAUAUUCAGAAAGAAUUAGGUCAGUUAACCGGUGGCUUGAAUAAGAAGAAGAUCAUAAGCAUCAUAAAUAAUGGCCUUCUCAGACAGAAAAAGAGGGUAAACUAUCCAUCUUUCACUUGUGUUCUAAGACUCACUUAACAAUACACAAGCUGGUCAUUACCCACAAGAAAGAAACUGAAUUAAGUGGCUUGAAAGGUCCGUGUCUGAGUUCACUUUUAACGCAACAUGGAUAGGAUUACACGUCUGUAUGCAGAGGGUUUCCAUUCACAGCUACAUUCAAACACAGUUGAAAACCCACAUCAGAACUGGCUCGAUCUCUGGUUUGGUGGAGCCCUAAGCAAGCUGCGCGCUCUGCUCAGUGGUUUUCAUUCAGGAAUAAGAUGUUCACUUACCAACCGCAACCGUUUAUAUCUGUCAUGUUUUAAUCCACUGCAUGAGGAAGUGCUAAUAACUGUAUUAAAUAUUUCCAAGCAUAGCUACAAAAUUACACGUUUGCUUAACACCUUUCUAUGAUAGAGGAAGUAUAUACUAUGGUUGUCUCCUUGUAGUAUGUCUUUUAUUUUUGUUCAAUGUGUUAUCAACUGUUUUAAAGGAAUGGGGUUUGAAAUGUGUGUGCAAACUGGUAUGUACAUAACUCCCGAGGCAACAAAAGUGCCCAGUCAUAUGGUGUAAAAAUGUAAAUACAGGAAAAUUUCAUUUUUCUAAUAAAGAUAAUUUCUGCCAAUUGAUAUGAAAA